AUGGCCCCGACAAAGAGCACGAAGGGUAAGGCGGCCGCCAAGGCCACGGGGAAGGAUGCCAAGGCCAAGGCAGCGAAAAAGGCCGCGCUCGCCGGUACACACGCCCACGACUCGCGGAAGGUCCACUACUCUGUGUCGUUCCACCGCCCCAAGACUCUCCGCCUGCCUCGUGAACCUAAGUACCCUCGCAAGUCCAUCCCACAUGUGCCACGAAUGGACCAGUUCCGGACGAUUGUCUCGCCGCUGAACACUGAGUCGGCGAUGAAGAAGAUUGAGGAGAAUAACACCCUGGUCUUCAUCGUCGACAUCAGGUCGAACAAGCGUCAAAUUAAGGACGCGGUGAAGAAGCUGUACGACGUUCAGGCUUUGAAGGUCAACACGCUCAUCCGUCCCGAUGGCAAGAAAAAGGCCUACGUGCGGUUGGCGCCCGACCACGAUGCGCUGGACGUGGCAAACAAGAUUGGUUUCAUCUAA